UCCACCACUACAAAUCGAAUGAUUAGUGUGUUUCGACAGUCUGCCGAGCACUUACGGUGGCCAAAGAAAGUGCGUAACUCUCCUUCGUAACGUGACAAGCCACGUUUCUCCGCACUUCCGCCGCAUGUUGCCUGUAAAAAUCGAGACGAUUAGAAUCGGAUAGUUUUUUGAAUCCCUUACUUUGAUAAUUUUUGUGUGAACGCCCUUUGAUUGGACGCCAUUUCAAAACAUCGAGCAUAACCUCAAUUUUUUUUGUUAUGGAAUCUGUCGGGGAAGCUUGCGAAUUAUUGCAGCAAUUAGUGCCUAGUGAUCCCGAAGGUGAUAAUGACGAUAGCACCGUGCAAGAAGAGUAUAAUAUCAACGAAGGCAAAGUGGCCUCGCCAAUCCGAAGCUCAAAGGUAAACAAAGUGCCCCCUUCACGAACACUCAACGCAAACUUACAGAUAUCGUCAUCGGGAGCAACCACCCACAGCUCUGUGUCCUGUAAAGUCGGCGCUAGCAGUACAAACUCGGAUUCAAAGUUGCUUUACAUAAACGAAAAGAAAUCGAACAAGGACUACACAAAAGCCAGCAGUGUACGUCCCAGACACCCGCAUAAAGAUUCAGGUAGUACAGCCGCACGACAUCAUUGUUUUCUUUCUGAAGUUCCGGAUGUGCGACACAUGGAACAGGCAUUACUCGGAUUGCUCGCCGAUUUUCAUUCUGGGAAAUUAAAGGCGUUUGGGAGCGGUAGUACGAUGGAGCAGAUGACCAACAUACGUGAACAACAGGAACGGUUAGCCAAAUUGCAUUUCGAUUUGGCUACAGAUAGUGACCCAUCUCUUAGUGAGGAGGGUUUAAGACAUUCUCGUACGACUAUGAGCCAAUUAAUCGAGAGGUUGGAACAACUGAGCGUGUCAAUAGAAGGUUUGCAUACUACAAGUAACGAUAAGUGAUAUAAAUGUUUUAUUUAAUAAUCUACAUGCUUAAGUCUUUUUACCUGAAAGAAAAUGUAAAUUAGAUCGUUUUUAAAUAUACUGGUUCGUUUA